UGUCUGCACUGCGAAAAUAAAUCAAAUCACUGACCUCUCCGCUCACGGGGUGGUGGAGGGGGGCGGGCGUGGAACGAAAAAAUUAGCCACGAAGAUACCUCUCGGAACGGUGGCUCGUAAGUGUGAUGAGGCAGGAGCAGCCCCACGGACCAGAUAAACAAAUAUAAACAACCACUGAGGAUCAGCUGAGGAGACGGCCGAACGGGGGCGAAGGGGUAGCCAGCGAGAGAGACAGUAACGCUAACGAGCAGAGAUAGCCAGCUUGCAUGCGAGGUUAUGUGUGUUCUGCGUGUGUUUUGGACACAAAGAGAAAUAUUGGCGGAAUAGAGGAACAUUUGCGAUCGUAGCCAGCUAGCUAAGUAGAUAUAAUUAAAUUGAACGGGAGGACAAUUUGCUAAAAAGACACCACCCGCCAUCCCCCACCCUCCUGUCCUCGGCUCUCUUCCUCGGAUAUUAGCUGGCUAGCCUGCUAACGUUAGCUACAUCAACACCGAGGCAGCGAUCGAGAGGACUGAGUAGCUUAGCUAACGGGACACGCGUUUCGUUUCGAUGCGGUUUGAAAAUAGCUGGACCCUAGCUAGUUAACGAGAAAACAGCGAGAGUGACAGUAGUUAACGUUAGCCAGAUAACUGGCCAGCUAUCGCAAAGUGCUUUGUUUACGGUGCUGGAGAGCUCGACUUAUUGAACAAGCUUGCCAACUUAAUGCCAGGGCUUCCACACCUUUAGCCAGCUAGCUAGCUGUUGCUAUUUUUACCAGGUAGCUAUCUAACGUUGUUAUUCAUUUAUGGUUUCGUACGUCUAGCACACAGUACAGUUUAGUUGAACAGAGGUAUUGGAAAGAACAGGUAGCUAACGUUUGCUUGCUAGCUGACUCGUAGUUUUAUGUUAAGUGUCAGUCUGUUGACGUAAGUGUCGAUAGCGUGCCCUGUAAGAAGGUAGUGGGAUUGUUUUUGUAAUUGCGAUAUUAACGCUGUGAAAAUAAGUAUUGUUUAUAUUUUGAAGGUUUGCAAUUAGUUGACUUGUGAUUUAGUUUUAUUUUUAGCUCUUAAAGUAACGUGCUUAUUGACAUUCUGGCAUUAGUCAGAAAUCCCAGUGACCAUUUGAUUUUCGCCUUUUAUACAAUGACACAGUCUUAGGUAGCUAGCUCUCUGUAUAUCCCCGGGUUUGUUUUCUGAACACAUCUUGAAAUUAACAUUAGCAUGCUGUAGGUUUAAAGAAUAGCUGUCCUCAAUUUACGUCAGUGUCUUCUCGAAUGUUUUGAGGUCUCUGACGUGAGUGUCGGCCUUGUCGUUUGCAGCAGUCCAGUGCUCCCUGUCACCUGCACCAUAGUAGCAAACAGCACUCCAGGUGGAAAACCGCAAGCUGUCACCUAAUAGGCAAGCCCAGAGCUCUGCUUUAUUUCUGAUAGCUGUCAAUUCAGUGCCUGCUGAGAAACAAUCGGACUCGUUGCCGUCACGACACCACCACUACACGGCGGUGUCACCCGAGCACCCCGUCACCACUGACAGUAGGAGUUAGUUUGGAUAUCAGCCCCCUCCCCCCAGCCUCUCCGCGCUUUCCUCACAUCCCCCUUUCCUUGCGUCGGUUUCGGAGGCAAGCGGAACCGCCAUGGCGCAGCAACAGAUGCCCAGCUCACAGAAGGCCCUCAUGCUGGAGCUGAAGUCCCUGCAGGAGGAGCCGGUGGAGGGCUUCCGCAUCACGCUGGUGGAGGAGUCGGACCUGUACAACUGGGAGGUGGCCAUCUUCGGACCGCCCAACACGCUCUACGAGGGGGGCUACUUCAAGGCCCACAUCAAGUUUCCCAUCGACUACCCCUACUCCCCACCCACUUUCAGAUUCCUCACCAAGAUGUGGCACCCCAACAUUUAUGAGAACGGAGAUGUGUGCAUUUCGAUUCUGCACCCCCCUGUGGACGACCCGCAGAGCGGAGAACUGCCCUCGGAGAGGUGGAACCCCACCCAGAAUGUCAGGACCAUCCUGCUGAGCGUCAUCUCCCUACUGAAUGAGCCCAACACCUUCUCCCCGGCCAACGUGGACGCCUCCGUCAUGUUCCGCAAGUGGAGGGACAGCAAAGGGAAGGACAAGGAGUACGCCGAGAUCAUCAGGAAGCAGGUGCUGUCGACGAAGGCCGAGGCAGAGCGGGACGGGGUGAAGGUGCCCACCACGCUAGCCGAGUACUGCAUCCAGACCAAAGUGCCUUCCCACGACAGCAGCUCCGACCUGCUGUACGAUGACCUGUACGACGACGACAUUGAGGAGGAGGAGGAGGACGACGACGACGCCGAGGCGGGCGGGAUGGGCGGCGAGACCGGCGGCGACUGCUACGACGACGAGGAAGACUCGGGCAACGAGGAGUCCUGACCUUCCUCCGCUCCGCCGCUGCCGCUUCCCCCAACACGUACCCCCGCCCCCCACCCCCGAGAUCAGUACCCCUCCUCGUUCUCGUUCGUGCACCCCCUUCCCUGAAUGAACGCCACGCCCAUCUCCGCGUUCCCCAGCACACACCAUUCCCCAUUUCCCGUCUCCUCCUGUCCUCCUCUCUGGGUCUUUCAGCCUGCGGUUCUCCGCCUCGACCUCACUUCCUUUUCCCGGAGUCCUCUAACUUCCAGCUCCCGGUGCCCCACCUUAGCUUCCUCUCCCAGCUUGCCAGCCUACCCCGUUCUAGGUGCGCGACGCCCCUCCACAAACCCACCAGCUGAGAGCCAGCCGACCCUGCUGCUGUCUGGACAUGGGAGCAGACACUUUCCAGCACGCUGACAAAAAAAAAAAAAAAACACCCGAACUUUGUCCUCCGUCGCCAAGCACCCUCCCUUCAAACCCCCUAUCUUCCCUCUCUCUCCCUGCCUGUACACCUCAGGGCUUUGCAAUUGUGGGGGAUUGAGUUAAAGCUGACUCUGAGUUUAAGUUAAACUCCUGUUCAGUGAGCGUUUUAAUUUCGGUUGCGGUUAAGUGUUGGCUUUCAACUUUCGGCUCGCUCUCUCCUCCGCCUUCAUAUCCUCAGGAGCACCUACUACUGCUGGCGUGUGUGAAGAGAUGACACAGGUGGGGUGCCAGCGCACCAACAACAAAGAGACACCUGUAUCCGCACUCUUUCCCACACUGUCUGCCAUUGUACCACCCCCAUUCUAAAGAGAACUGGGAAAUUUGUCAGCCUUUGUUCCCACAGGUAGAUUGCUUGUUUUUUUCCCAUUUGCAUCAUUUGCUUAGCAUUCUCUUUCCUGGUACUGAGGCUGACAGAUGAUUGGCAGAAAAGUCGGGGGGGGGGGUGAUCACAGGAGCAAACCCACAAGUCCUUCUCAGCUGCUGGUACAGGCGCACAUACACCAUCACCGCAGUGCGUUAACAUCAGUACUCAUCUUUUUGCCCAUUGAGCACCUUCAUGGUCCAUAACCAUCCCAUAAAUACCGCAAGCAGGAUUUGGCUUUUAGUCCUUCUUUUCACCAGGUAGCUCUCUUUGACGCGUUAGCACCACCAUCAGUGAACCAGGAAGUCGGGGACAAAGAACCUUAUUGGACUUGAAUCAAGUGUCAUAAAAGAAGGGUGUGCAUUUAGGUUAUGAGCUUUUGAGUUUAGCUUUUCCCAAUGUAAGUAACCAUUUCCUAAGCUCACCUGUACCACUGCUUCACUGAUGGCACCUUUAAGCUCUUAAGUGUGAAAGCGUGUUUAGUAGUCAUUUGGCUGAGGGGGGAGUAAGGGCUAUGCUUUUGUACUUAAAGGCUGUGUUUAGCAUGGGAAAGGACGGGGUCAGCAUCUGAACUUUCUUGGGCUGGUUUUUGUUCUUAAGUGCUUUGGUCAAAUACUGAUAAUUUACAUUACAUUACAUUCAUUAAGCAGACUCUCUUACCCAGAGUGACUUCCAACACAAAAGAG